CCACGUGUUUUGCUCAUCCUUAUCUUCUUCUUCUCCCCGAUGCUCUGCCCCCCGACCCCCUGCACCCGAGAAGCCCCCCAACUACCGCCACCCAUUUCCGGCCGGAAAUCCAGCAAAGCUUGGGGGUUUUCUCCUUCUUUUCUUGUUCUUGAACCCAGAAAUCCCCCCUCCUUGCUGGAAAUUCCAGAUCUGCGCUGUCUUCUCCCCUCUGUCCGUCGGCCUCUGCUUGUGUGGGUUUGAAUUUCUGGGCCUUUUUCGCCGCGAGUUCCCCUGCAGAAUUUCUUCUUCUCUGCCGCCGGCUUCUUCUUCCCCUGCUAGCUCCGGUUCUUGCCGGAAAAUUCUGGUAAGUUGCCGGCUCUUCCAAGUCCAAUUUAUCCAUGUAAUUGUUGCUUUGUGUUGAGUGGAUUUUCUGCUUUUGAAUUGCCCUUUUUGCUGUCCGAAAAUGGAAGAAACUUAGGUGAAAUUGUGCUGGAAGGUGGGAUGAAUUUUGGUAGCUUUGAGCUAUGUUUUUAAGUGUGGUUUAAGUGUAAAUUAGCUUGGAAUUGGGUUGUUGUGAAUUUAUAGAGAAAAUCCCGUGAGAUUAGCUAGUGUCUUGCCCAAAUUUUUGAAGUUUCCGUCACUGUUCACUGCGGAUCACUGUUCACGGGUACUGUUCACGGGUACUGUUCACACACCGAGGGUCAAUAAUUAACGGGGAUUUGAAUGAUUAGUUUGUGAUAUAAGAAUGAAUUUGGAGAUGUCCGAUUAGGUGAAGAUUGAUAGAAAUAGCACUGUGAUUGGGGGUAGUGUUGAUGAUGAUUUCAGUUUGAAUUUAUGGUAGUGCGAUAUUAAUUCUUGGAAUAUUGUGAUUAGGUUUUGAUCGUUCUGUCACCGUAGCACUUGGGUUAGCCUUCUGUUCUG